CAAAUCAUGUACGAGAUAUGUAAAAUCUAGACCAUAAUGCUCAUUUAAAUACAACUUAGUACAAGUACUUUGAUUGGUGAAUACACUCUCCAAUGCCGUUUGCCCAAUCACAACUAUCGUUACGUCUCUCGCAGUACUAGUUCAAUGGCGGCUCGUGGAGAGUGUUCAAAUCUGAUAUCCAUAAAACAGUUUAAGAAAGAGUUUAUGGAGUUUCUUGAACCGGCUCAAUAUGAAAGGAAAAAGUUUGAAAUCGACCUGACCCAAAUGGCUAAGGAAAUGGACGUACCAAUGGAUGUAGUAACAGACUUAAGCGAAGUAUGCAGUUCAAGCAAUUUAAAGUGCCCAGCAGAAACAGAAGGCUUGGAAUCUAUCGAUAUUUUUGGGAAUUCCAUUCCUGAUGGAGUAGAGCUUGAAUCCUUAAAGCUUCUGAAAGAGAGAAGAGGAAGAUUAACUGCUCAUAGAAAAGUUGUGAAUUAUCUUGUAAAGGAAAUACAGCCCUCUAAAGAGCCACAAGCAUUUCAGGAAAUUAAGACAAAUGAAGUUAUCUUGUCAGUUGCAAUUUGUCAUCCCCGUAAGCAAAACAAGGUUCAAGAAUUCCAUGUGCUGGGAAGUCAGUGUCUCACAGAAUUACGUGACAAGAUAUUUUGUACUGCUGAUGAAAUGAUACUUGGGGAUCACAGUAAUAAUCCAGACCAAUUAUCACAAAAAAGAGCUAAGGAUGUGUUCAAGUCUGGGUUCUUUUUCAUAGAGGGAGUGUUUUACAAUGACAAACGUGAUCCACUUUCAAAGGAUUACAGCAAGGUGAUCACUGAGUGGGCCAAAGAUCCACAAAGAAGAAAGUGUCCUGGACUUGGCUUAUUUACCAGUAAGCGAAUGGAGGAUGUAAUAUUUGAAGACCUGAAAGUCAAAUUAGGAUACCCAUAUCUAUAUUGCCAUCAAGGAAACUGUGAACAUGUUAUCAUGUUUACUGAUCUUAGACUGAUGAAUGUGGACGAUAAUCCGAACCUGAAUGAAUACCCAGUUCAAGUAUUCAAACAUAGAGGAAAGCGAAUCAGGUGCCGCGUGUGUGACGUUUACACUGCAAAAUGGGUGACAGUGAAUGAUGUGUUAGCGUACGAAGAACCUUGUUUUUUCUGUGCCACUUGUUUUAAAGGACUUCAUUACUCUCACAGCGGAGAAAAAAUCUGCGAUUUUCAGGCCUAUCCAGUGGUUGGGGACUUUGACUGGUGAUUCA